GGCGCAUGCUCCGUGGGAGGGGAACCCCCCCUCCGAGGGGCGCAUCCGAACCUGCUGCGAUGGACCUGCCCUCCUUUUCGCGGGCGGCUGAUGCUGGGAUUGGCGGCUGGUUCGGCUGGCGGAGACCGGAGGGGCUCCGUCGGCGUCUCCCUCCGUUCGCCAGGCUUGGUGGCGCCGCGCAAGCAGGCAGGCAGGCAGGCAAGGGGACCGGUGCAAAGGGCGAAGCGUUAGCUCCUCACUCCAGGGACCAUGGAGAUGCAGUCAUACUACGCCAAGCUUUUAGGGGAGCUCAACGAACAGCGCAAGAGGGACUUUUUCUGCGACUGCAGCAUCAUCGUGGAAGGACGGAUUUUUAAAGCCCACAAGAACAUCCUCUUUGCCAACAGCGGCUACUUCCGAGCGUUGCUGAUCCACUACAUCCAGGACAACGGCCGGCAUAGCACGGCGUCUCUGGACAUCGUGACCUCCGAGGCCUUUUCCAUUAUCCUGGACUUCCUUUAUUCGGGGAAGCUGGACCUGUGCGGGGAGAACGUGAUCGAGGUCAUGUCGGCCGCCAGCUACCUGCAGAUGACCGACGUCGUGAAUUUCUGCAAGACCUACAUUCGCUCCUCGCUGGAUAUCUGCAGGAAGAUCGAGCGAGAGGCUGCCUUUUACCAGGCCGAUAGCGGGAGCGCCACCUUGGCGAGAGAGGGCCCCUCGUACGGGGCCAAGGGCCCGUGCUCUGCAUCCGUUUCCUCCCCGCAGGAGAAGGACCGGAUCCACGACUGCCAGCAGGACCCACCCUGCGGAGAAUGUAGCAGCUGCCACCCCAUGGAGCUGGUGGUGCGGGAUCCUGUCAGCAGCGACUCCCACAACGACCCGAACUCCUCGCUCCCCAAAAUGGUGGAACCCAAAGUGGAAUUUGACGCCGACGAGGUGGAGGUGGAAGUGGGCGAGCGGCUGCCGCAGUUCCCGACGCCGUUGACGAUCGAGCAGAUAGAGGACGGGCUCCACGGCGGCCCGACCGUGGAUCUGACGUGCAACAAUUACCACAUGAAACAGUUCCUGGAGGCCUUGUUGCGCAACAGUGCAGGGCAGAGGAAGGACGACGUGGUCCACCAUUUUGUCCGUGGCUUCGAGGGGAGGCCGGAAGACCCGGGCGUGGCCAUGAGCUCCAUGAUGGACAUUCACAGUGACUGGUACGGGGAGGAUACAGGGGAUGUGCUGGUGGUGCCGAUCAAGCUUCACAAGUGCCCCUUCUGCCCGUACACGGCCAAACAGAAAGGGAUCCUGAAGCGCCACAUCCGCUCGCACACGGGCGAGCGGCCGUACCCCUGCGAGAUCUGCGGCAAGCGCUUCACACGGCAGGAACACCUCCGGAGUCACGCUCUGAGCGUCCACCGGUCCAACAAGCCCAUCAUUUGCAAAGGCUGCCGGAGGACGUUCACGAGCAGCCUGUCCCAGGGCUUGCGGCGCUUCGGCUUGUGUGACAGCUGCACCUGCGUCACGACGACCCACGAGGAUUCGAUGCCCAUCAACCUCAGCCUGAUGGAGCCGUCCUCGGAAGGCCAGGAGAAAAACGACCCCGACAACGACUGGCCCAUCUACGUGGAAUCGGGCGACGAGAACGAUCCUCCCGAAGACGACGAUGCCGACCCGGAUCCCGACGAUAAGCAGGGACUCCACCGAGAAGCGCUUAUGUAGCCCCGAAAGGGAUCCUGGGAUGGGGAGGGGCUCGGGAGCCCCGCUCCUCCUGCUCAAGGCAGGGGCCACACAAACCCUCUGGUCACUGCUUGGUCAUCAUCUUAGCAGCAGGACACGAUGCGUGUUUAAUCCGAGUUGCGAAAUGUCUUUAAAAUAAUAAUAAUAAUAAUGCAAUGUUCUGAGAACACACGGGAAGACCGGGGCUUUCAAAAUCCCGGAAUCUGCUUUUCACUUCUUAGUGCUGGGCACUAGGAUCUUUUUGGAAGGAUUCGAAAUCCAGGUGAGACGAAGCGUCAUUCCUGACACCCUUUUCUUAAUCCUCUGGUUUUUAGGUAAAGGCUUUGUAAUUUUGCAGCGAAGCAUCUUCUGCUUCCGCUCCGAGAGGCUUCUCUUCCUUCUUCUCCUUCCCGUUUACCUCCUCCUUCCUCACCUUUGGGAUGACAUUUCUCCAGAGCCACCCUCUCUCAGGUUAGGUUGUCCUAACCGUUGAAGCUUCGCACGAGACUCCGUCCAUGUAAAGGAGGCUCAAACUCCACAGACCUGUAUGCAGUAAAGGAAAAAGAAUGACCUACCAUCAAGAAUGGAUUUUCAGACUUUUUCGGUACCUCUUUGUUUCUAUUUCCUCCUUGUCCCUCUGUUUCCAGAGAGGUGACGUCAUCGCGAUGGCCCUCACCUUAGAAACGGUGGCUAUAAACCAGCGUGUUGUGUUCCCAUCCAAGCCCAUCUCCUGGGAUUUCAAGCCAGGAGAAUAUUCUUCAUUGCACACUACUUCUCUUUUGAAGGAUCCUCUGGAACGUUCUGUGCUUUCCAUUUCUCCUUACAUGGCGGAAGCGGUCUGGCUUUCUGACUUUUCUAUGUUCUGUGAGUCUUUGGUCUUUUCGCUCUCGUACUUCUUAAUCGGUCCUCCCAACAUCUUCAUUUAGAAAAUUAAAGACUGGCCCUUCGGAUCCAGCUCAAGGAACCUUGUAGAGUGAUGGAUCGGUGGAAAUGGCCAGAGAAAUCUGUGUGGUCACAUGAGAGUGUCAGCCUGCCAACUGCUGAAUGGUUUCAGAGUGCUUCCGCCAAGAACAGGGUGGGGUUUGGUUUUGGUUGCUUGUAUACUGACUACAUGAUACCCUGUUUCCCUGAAAAUAAGACCUAAGCUGAAAAUAAGCCCUCGUAUGAUUUUUCA